CGCACAGGAGACCCUGUGAUAUUACGAGAAUCCCCGUUCGGUCAGAGUGGGAAUCUGGAACAUAUUAUCUUCAGUUUUUCUCUCACUCAGAAGGUGAUGUUUGAAGAAGAGAUGCAGGGCGAGUCCAGCUCCCCGGAGUCUCCAGUGGACAGUCUGGGAAACAGCGAGGAAGAGCCCGACAGGCAGCCGCAGAAAAGAUGCGGUAGAAAGAGACGACCUAGCAGAAAGAACGGAGAGGACUCAGACAGCCCGACGCCUGGGAAACGAAGCAAGAAAAGCAGCACCAGCAGCAACAGUCCUCAGUCUCUUGAAGACCUGCAGACGCAGCGCGUCAUGGCGAACGUACGCGAGCGUCAGAGAACUCAAUCUCUGAACGAGGCGUUCGCAUCCCUGCGCAAAAUCAUCCCCACGUUACCCUCCGACAAACUCAGCAAAAUACAGACUCUUAAACUGGCGUCCCGGUAUAUUGAUUUUCUCUGCCAGGUUUUGCAAAGCGACGAGCUGGACUCGAAAAUGUCCAGCUGCAGUUAUGUGGCGCAUGAGAGACUGAGUUACGCGUUUUCUGUGUGGAGAAUGGAAGGCGCGUGGUCCAUGUCAACAUCCCACUGAUGCAUGGAUGCACACUUCUGCUGCAACCUGAUUGUCGUCCAUCACCGAGUUCAAAGAAUUUCAGCCUCUGGCAGGAGCAACACACAAUCAUGGCGAAAUAAGGAUUGUAACGGGAAAUUCUGGAGCAUCUUGGCGUCAUUGCAAGCACUUACAAUCGUGAACUACGACAUUGGACCUGGAAUUACAAUCAGAUCUGUGCUUGUAAUUGCAAAUGUGCUUUUCUGACGAUGAAUGUGGAAAACAUGUAAACAUUCUGUAUACAUGCAUGUCGUUUAAACAGGAGACAGACAUGCUGGAGGAGACACUGCAUUUCUGGGAUUGCAACAAAGUGCAUGUCGUCAUAUUUAUUUCUUAAAGAAACAAUCGAAGGAACGAUUCUGGCUCAUACCUGUGCAAACAUGGUCUAAGAAAAGACGUUUAUUUAUUUAUUAUUGAUUGUCACAAUGCAGAAUAGAUCUGGUGUCUACAUGCAUUUCUAUUUUAAAUUACAGUGUAAAUAGUAAAUACUGUACGUGUAUAUUUUCUGCAAUAAA